UUUUUUAAAUAAGAAAAUAAAAGAAGUAUAAGUAUCUUAUAAAACAUUUACAUGCAUUUCAGUCGAUCCUAUAACAUCUAAGAUAUUUGUUUAGAUAUCUAGGUGUCAUUUUUAUUGUUUUAAUAUAUGAUCUAUAGUUUUGAACUGAUUUGUCAUUCAUAAGUUAUAAUAAAUUAUUUGAUCGGUUUGAUCUGGUUCUCUCCUGCAUGAUCCGCUUGAUCUGCAUUUAUCCCGCUUGAUCUACACUUAUCCUGCUUGAUCUGCUUGAUCUAUCCCGCUUGAACUCUUGAACUGCUUUUACCAUUCGAAGUCUAAAAUACCUAAAAACCAGCUAUAAAUAAUAAUGUUAAAUGCGUUUUCAAAUGUAAAAAAGUUCUCAUACACAUUUUCAGUUAAUAAUAAAAUACCAGGAGAGCGUGGAGAUCACGGAAAUUAAUGAGGGAGCGUGAGCUAAAACAAUCAAUUAAAUACGCAAACUCACGCCGCAUUAACGGGACGUUAAAGGCUAAAGGCCGGCACAAACAUAAACCUCACUGUCUGUUUUUGGGCGGUGCUUUUCAGUCAAACCCUCGUUGACCCAUCUCUCUCCCAAAAUAAACUACUAUUUUUCUUUAUAAAUUUACCCAACAUCACUUCUGGUUUUCAUUACCAAUGGCUCCUCCAAAACAAUUGAACGCAAGUAACGCCGCCAUAUGUGAAGGUAGCGGCAGUGGAUGCAAAACAAUGUUGAAGGAAGUGCGUUUUAGAGGUGUGAGGAAGCGGCCGUGGGGGAGAUAUGCGGCGGAGAUCCGUGACCCGGGAAAGAAAACCCGGGUUUGGCUCGGGACAUUUGAUACGGCGGAGGAAGCCGCUAGAGCUUACGACACCGCUGCUAGAGAGUUUCGCGGCUCCAAAGCAAAAACUAAUUUCCCUCUUCCCGGUGAGUCUCCGACGAGCGACGGUUCCAUCGACGGGUCGGGGAUGACAACGCGCCGGAUAGAGAUGGUGGGGAGAUUCCCGUUUGCAUGUAACCGGCAUAAUAAUGUCUCCAGCGGGUUACCACCGAAUGUUGCCGGUUUUUUCUUCGAUCCGUCAAGGGCUACUGCAUUAAGGGUUGAGCUUUCUCAAGUCUAUCCGGUUCAGUUUGAUCCGGUUAAUAUCGAGCUGAGUAUUGGUAUUCCAGAGACCGUAAAGGUCAAACCGAGAACUGAACUUAACUUGGAUCUUAACCUAGCUCCACCUUUGGACGUUUAGAUUUGUUCUUCUUUCUCUUAUUUUGUUUUUAUUUUGUUUGCUGCAGGAAAAAGAAACGUUCCAAUUUUUCUUCUGAUAUUUUUUUGUAGAGGAGAAAAUAUUUUUAGAUUAAUUUUUCUUAGAAUUUUUUUAUUGUAGUUUCUCUAUGAUCUUAGUUUCUCUAUGCUUCCUUCUAAUUAUAUGUGGAUGUAAAUUAUAAUCAGAUUGUUAUCUAUUUUCUCCCUUUCA